GGAGCAGAGGCCCCAGAUGGCGCUGCGCUGGAGCUGCGGAUUUCUCCGCCUGUCUCCCGUCCUUGUUCUUUUCCUUCUCGCCACCGCCCAGGCGCCCUUCGAAGCCUUCCAGGCGGGCCACAGUGCCUCCUCCCUGCCCGCUGCUGCCGUGGCGGCUCCUUUCAGAAGGUACCUUUUGUAUGAUGUUAAUCCACCUGAAGGUUUCAAUCUACGUAGAGAUGUAUACAUACGAAUUGCAUCUCUUCUGAAGACCUUAUUGAAGACUGAGGCAUGGGUGUUGGUUCUGCCUCCUUGGGGACGUCUUUAUCAUUGGCAAACUCCUAAAAUUCAUCAAGUCCAAAUUCCUUGGUCCGAUUUUUUUGAUGUUCCAAGCCUCAAUAAAAACAUACAUGUUAUUGAGUAUGAACAAUUUCUUGCAGAGUCAGGUGGUCCUUUUAUUGAUGAGAUAUAUGUCCUGCAAAACUAUGCUGAAGGAUGGAAAGAGGGGACAUGGGAGGAGAAGAUUGAGGAGAGACCAUGUAUUGACCAGCAUAUGUAUUCAACAGAUAAAGAUAAAUAUUACAGGGGAUGGUUCUGGGGUUAUGAAGAAACUCGGGGCCUUAAGGUAGUUUGUUUAUCUGUCCAAGGUUCUGCCUCUGUUGUAGCCCCUUUGCUUUUGAAUUUAUCCAGCAGGUCAGUAAUGUUAGACAGAGCUGAACAUCUUCUUCAUGAUCAUUAUGGUGGCAAAGACUACUGGAAUACUCGUCGAAGUAUGGUAUUUGCCAAACACCUCCAUGUGGUGGGAGACACGUUUAGAGCUAAAUAUUUAAAUUCUUCUGAUGAAAAGGACAGAACAUGGUACUCUGAAGAUUGGAGAAAUAUGAAGGUAAAACUGGGCACAGCCAUUGGUGGCCCAUAUCUUGGUGUUCAUCUCAGACGAAAAGACUUCAUCUGGGGUCACAGAAGUGAUGUGCCCAGCAUUCGGGGAGCAGUUAAGAAAAUCCACAAACUCCUGAAGUUGUACAAGCUGGAGAAGGUUUUUGUGGCUACUGAUGCCAUCGUGCAGGAGAUUGAAGAAUUAAAAGUACUUCUUCCAGAGAUGGUGAGAUUUGAACCUACUUGGGAGGAAAUGGAGCUCUACAAAGAUGGAGGAAUAGCAAUUAUUGACCAAUGGAUUUGUGCACAUGCCAGUUAUUUUAUAGGAACCUCCGUCUCAACUUUUUCUUUCCGCAUUCAAGAGGAAAGAGAAAUUCUGGGUUUUGACCCCAAAACAACUUACAACAGAUUUUGUGGAGAUGAUGAGAAAACCUGUGAACAGCCAACUCACUGGAAAAUUGAAUAUUAAUAUAUUCAGUCAGUGGAAGAUAGCUGCCACUUCACCAAAGAAAUUAAACAAUUAUCUUUGUGGAAAGAAACUGGUUUUAAAUAUGUUUCCUUUUUUUUCACUGUUUCUGAUGAUAAACAUGUGAAUGGUGCUACUGUAGCUUAUUUCUUAAACAAUUUACAGUAGUCAGUAUUAUGGUUGUAAUUCAAAAAAACCCCAAGAUGUUCAAUUUGCCUCUAAUCAAACUUUCAAGUUGGACCAGUUCACUUCACCCACUACUUUGCUUCACUAGAAGAUUCAGCAAAAGUGACCAUUAAAAGCUCUCAAAUGGCAUGGCAGCUUGGCUGAGCUGAACCUUUGGAACUACAGAUCCCUGAAUACUUUGCAAAACAGCCAAAGUCAGUAAUGGUUUUGAUCAAAGCAAAAAACACUUCAAGGAUUCAUACAUUCCUAGUUUUAACUGUUGACUCUUCUGAGAAGUCCCAUUUUUAUCUGAUCAGAUAAUAUAUUCUAAUGCAAUUAAAUUGUUUCUAAAAGGUUUUGCUGGAACUAAUUUUGUUUACAAAAACAAAAUAUGUUAGAUAUAACUAAAGUGUGUAAGAACUUGCAAUUCCAUUUUAUUGUGAACUGGGAAGAAAGUGCAAGGUGUAUGUGGCUAAACAGAAGUUGGAUGUCCUAGUCAAGUUGAUUAUAUGAGAAAUAUUAAAUUGCCUAAAUUGGUCUCUU